CUGAUGUUCGGCCGCUGUUCGCUCCAUCACCAUCUUUGUUCCCAUCGUAAGCUUGUGUGCGGUGGCCUCUGCACACUCUGGUUUGAUUCAUCCCCUCUUGCUCUGCUCUCGUCUGCAGCACCACUUAUUGAAGGCAAAUUUUUAGGACCGUCUGGGUAAGAAGGAAUAAGAAGACGUCGUGUAGGUCGGACGUCCUUAUCAGGGUCUUCUCAGCGAGUUGUGUCUCUUGACGUGAUGGCUGUGUUUUUGGUACUUCUUCUCUCCACGCUGCUCCUGUCUCUACACUCCACUCCUCUACGAGCCUCUCCUUCCUGCCCUGUGGGCUGUCGCUGCUACAGCCUCACUGUGGAGUGUGGUUCCACAGGCCUGAGGGACAUCCCCAAACACAUCCCCUCAUCCAUACAGACCAUCUUCCUUCAGGACAAUGUGAUUGGUCAGAUCCAUCGCCAGGACCUCACUUCGCUGAAGCACCUGCACUACUUGUAUCUGCAGAACAACACCAUCUCAGCAGUGGAGCCCGGCUCUUUCCAGAAUCUUGGUCAGUUAUUGGAGCUAGCAUUGAAUGGGAACCGGAUCCACUUGGUGACAGCUGAUAUGUUUCAGGGACUUGAACAUCUACGCAUUCUCUACCUGGCAGGAAAUGACAUCACGCGGCUGUUAGACUACACCUUCCGUGGUUUACAGCGUCUGCAGGAGCUCCACUUACAGCACAAUAGUAUAGAGACUUUAGCUGAUCAGGCUUUAGUUGGUUUGACUUCUCUGGCUCUGCUGGACCUGAGCAGGAAUAACCUCCACACAAUUGGCCCUGCAACAUUGCGGCCAUUGGUCAGCCUGCAGGUGCUGCGCAUAACAGACAAUCCAUGGCGCUGUGACUGUGCUUUGCACUGGCUGAGGACCUGGAUUGAUGAAGAGGGUCAGCGGCUGCUCAGCUCUGCAGAACGUCGACUGGUUUGCACUGAGCCACCACGCCUCUCCCAUCUAAGCUUGGUGGAGGUUCCUCUCAACAGCUUGGUCUGUAUCCCUCCACUGGUGCAGCUGGAGCCCAAGAGGCUUGCAGUGCACCUGGGAGAGAGCCUCAGGGUGUCGUGCCAUGCCACUGGUUAUCCUCGGCCACAGGUGACCUGGAGGAAGGCUUCCCAGGGUAAGGUGGUGCUUUCUCCCAGAGGCUUGGUUCAGGAGUUGGAUGCAGGUGGAGGCGGAGUGGGAGGAGCAGAGGAGCCCUCACAGGAAGGCAGAGUCAGUCUCCAGAAGACUGAUGGCGAGCUCUUUGACCCUGACACUGGCAGUGGCAUGCUGUUUCUCAGUAAUGUAACUGUGGCCCAUGCAGGUUUCUAUGAAUGUGAAGCCUGGAAUGCAGGAGGUGUGGCUAGGGUCACCUUUCAACUUGCCAUCAACUCAUCCACAUCCUCCUCUACUUCCUCCUCCAUCUGGGCUUCAUGGUCCCAGGUGUCCUCACCAUACUCACCUGCCUGGCCUCGACUGAGGAGUCACGGUCCUGCUUUGGGCUCAGAUGUGAGCCGGGAACCCCUAUAUGCUCUGGGCAGCAUGGCCUUCAGUGCUCUGGGAGCUGCCACUCAGACUGCAAUUGCUGUGGGCAUCUCACUGCUGACUUUGACCGCUCUGCUGCUUCUCGCCAUGAUCUACAGUCGACAUCACCAACGAGACAAAGAGGCUGAUGGGGCUGAAAAGGAGGAGAGCAUCCUGUAUGUCAAUGACUACUCUGAUGGCCCCACCACCUUCGCCCAGCUGGAGGAGUACCGUGAUGAGCGUGGCCAUGAAAUGUAUGUUCUCAACAGGGCUAAGCCUGUGCUUACUCCUGCUCCGCCAACAGCUGUGUCCACCACUAGCCUGGGCUGUCCAGCACCAUCUGAUACCUCCAACCACACCCUGUCCUCUGGCCCUGGGCAGACCAUGAGCCCCAGUCUGGCCCCUGACAAGCAGCAGCAGCAGGAUGGUGACAUAAGGACCAUGAGGAGAAUGGCAGGGGAGGGAGGGGAGGCAGAGCCUGUGAUUACAUCAGAGGCUGAAGGGAUGUUUCUCAACCACACAGGCCUCUUCAUAGACUCUCCCAUUGCUUAUGAGAUCCACUGCUAAAGAAAGAAAGCAAUCCUGCAACACAGGGCAAAAUAUGUUUGUGUAACUAAGUGGUUUACACAGGGUGCAAUUGCUGGAAUGUACCAAAAAGUGACAGAAGUACUGUUCUGUGCGGAAGGAUUUUCUUUCUGCAAGACUACAGUGACAGAUCUUAUUGGAGUAACUUUCUAUACUGAGCAGAGCUCACAAUCUUGCUGACCUCUAAAACACUGAAACUUUUAAUGGACAUACUGUGGCCUUGAGUGCCAAAAAGUGAGUGGCUAGAUGGUCAGUUAGAGGCUCCUAUACUCAAGGACAUUAACUGGAGCUUCACACAACUCAACUGUCCUGCACAUGAUCAUUCACACCAGAAACUUUUACCACCACUGGUUUGCUAGCAUUAACGUCUGUCCUGUCAGGGACUCAGAGCUCACUGGGAGGCUGAGUACAAGAAGAAGAGGGAAAUCAAGGCACCUUCCAGUGGGAAACCUUGCGUGUUAUAUAGCCUAACUACUGUCAAUAUCUGGAUGUUUUCAUUUAAUCCCAGGCUGGAAGUGCAGUGGAUUUUGCAAUUAUUUAACUAUGUAGGAAAAUGUUAAUUGUCACAGAGUAGGGCUCAUAUUUUCAGUCUGAGUUUUAUUUCUCAACUCUCAUUCUGUCUCUCACUAUCAUUACCCAUCAGUUUUGCUCAGUGUGGCACCAAAAAUGAAUCUCUCCUCUCUGUAUUAUGAAUUGAGCUCAGCUUACUAUGACUCUUGGAUUUACCUGGCUUUACUAACUCCUAGCACAUGUGGUUGUGGAUGUCUGGCACCACUGAUCUGAGUUCCAGCUGGGUUUUUCAAUCCACAUGGAGGCAGAGUUCUUACCUGGGUAAAACAUAGUCAGCAGUACAAUCCAUAUUCAACUGCUUCAGAAUGAACAAGCUGAUGUGAAUGAGAAAUGAACUGCUUUCAAAGCAGAGUGGGGCAAGGCUUGAAAAAACAAGAACUGAGUGCCCAGUAACGUCCACCUGACUGAAUGUUUUUACUUUUAAAUGAUCAAGUGUGUGGAUUACUUUUAAAAACAGACAGUCCUAUCUUUGAGCCUGGAUAUAUUUAGGAUUUGAAUCUUGUUUUUCUUUCCUGUUCAUUUAAUUGAUUUUUAUUCUAAAUGUGCACUUAAAGUUGUGGUCAAGUUUACAUACACUCCUGAAUGUCAUGGUAAUUCAUUUUAAUCAUUUCUUUGAACUGUUCUUUUUCCAAGGUGGAAUGAUUGUACAGCAUACAUGUUAAUGACUAAAAAAAAAAACCAACAACAACAACAAAUGUGCGCAGAAGUUUGAAUUUAUUUUUGAAUUUCUCUAAUACACACAGGAUCAAAAGUACACAUACAGGCACAAAUGUGUGAUUUGAAACUGAAGGUUCUACAGUGUCUUUUAAGUUUACAAGGCUAUUAAGUUCAUGACUGACCACAACUAAUAGUUUGUCUUUGCCAGCAUAAAAGCGAUUUGUUUUGACGGCACCUAAGAAGAGUUGUAGAGUUACAAAAGUUGGGAAGGUCUCUUGGAGCCAUUUUUAAACAACUGCCGAUUCCAAGAACAUCAGUUCAAACAACCGAAUAACUUGUAUGUAAGUACAAGUACAUACAUGAGUAAAGCAUCCACCUAUUUGAGUUACCACUUUUCCAAGGUCUGGAGGGAGAUCCAGAUUGUCACAUUCAGAUGAGAGGAAAUUCCACAUAGUCCACAAAUAUGUGUCCUGUUUAUAGAAGAAUUGGAAGAUUGUUUGCAGCUGACAGGGAAAAAUCAAGGAAUAAAGUUCCAUCUAAGAAUCUAUAUUAAUUAGGCUAUGCUCAUCAAGGAAAGAUAGACUUACGACACUGCUGAAAAACUUUGAGCCCAGAGGACCAAGGGAUCUUCCAGGAAUGGUGACACUAUACGUCAGUAGGCUGUAAUUCCAUACUUGCUGAUCUCUAAUCUUGAACAUAACUUUCUUUGGAGCAGAUUAGGUUUGUAACAUAGGUUACCAUGGCAAUAUCCCCCAGUAAUAAGUGACCCACCUUCAUAGUACAGAAAACCCAGGGUUGAACCUGAAGUUUCCUGGAUAAGAUGGUGCACAGCACACCUGCAGUGGAGUAGGUGUGCUGUGCACCAUAAGUAAACAACAUAAAUUACCAGGUUACUGUGGCAAUCUGCACAAAUCCUGUGUUGUGAUACAAGGCGCCAGUAUAUGUCCACAAAAAUGUGCACAUUUUUGAAAUGCAUUGUUGGAUUUUGCCGUCUUGUGUGCCAUAAUUCAAGAUGAACAUUCAAAAGGAAGAAGCACUCAGUGGAAAGGAAUGAAUGGCCACAGAGGAUAUAAGUUGUGCUUCGCACAUCUCCUCUUUGACACUACUGUCUGAUAUUCAGUGAAAGGACAUGCUUUUAUUGGUCCAGUCUGUACUUUGUCCAGUUUUUACAUUGUGUCUAAGAAAAGACGUUUAAAUGAUGUUCAGUUCUUACACAUAUUCAUUCAUCCAUAAAUGUGCAAUUCAACACCACUAUCUCCACUGCAAAUGAAUUUAACCCAUUUAAGAUGAUCAGUCUGGCUGAACAGCAACUGAUGGCACAGCACGACUCUCCAUUCUCAACCGAAAGAACAAUGUAGGUGGGAAUGCCAUAAUUACUUCAUGACUGAAUUGCUUUUUUAGUCCUUAGCCCUUAUUUAUAAUUUGUUAUACAGUGUCUGAACAAAGAAGAGAGAUGUUUUUUUUCUGAGACAGGCAUAAUGGCAAUAUAAACAUUGUACUAAAUGGUAUAUUUAAAAUCUGGCAUAUUGGUUGGUAAAUUUUGUAUAGAAAUGCUACAUGUGGACCUGAUGAUUCCAGAAAUGUUCAGCAGGUCAAACAUCUCCAUAGAAACAUUCUGGAUUGGUGAUUUUUUUUUCAAACACAGAAUACUUUGAACUGUAUGGGACUGUGGUAAAUGCUGUACUGUUAAACUGAACGUAUCACUACCACUGAGUACAUUCUCCAAAUGUUUAAAAAUAUUUGGCAUUAAAAGUAUACCAGCAGUGUAUUGUGAUCUCACGCUAACUCUUGUGGUAGAGGGCUGCACACACGGCUGUUCCACAUCUCUUAAGAUUGAUUUUGUGUGGUUGGGUCCAGUAUUGCUGUGGGUCUAAUGAAUAAUCUGAAUGCUGCUGUUGGCACUGAUGUUCUCUCUAGCCAAGAUUUGGACC